UUAAUCUGAUUUUUAAGGAGAAAAUGAAAAAAUAUAUAAUUAGAUUAGUUCAACUCAAUAAUCAGUAAUUAAUAACACUUGACUGAUAAGAUAUGGAAUGUCAUGCUAUGUCUAUAAAAAUAAAAUGAACAUGUGUAAUAGCAACAUGGCGAAUAAUUUAAGAGUUUUAGAUGGUAUAAAUUGUGUAUUGAUCGGCUACGGUCAAACCGGAUCCGGAAAGAGUUUCACAAUAAGCGGUCUUAGAAAUAAUUGGCAACAUAGAGGAAUAGUCCCGCGACUGUUGGCUGACAUGUUUGCGGAAAAGACAAAUCGAAGAAAAAUCAAUGAUAUAUGCUAUCGUUUAAGUUUCCUCGAGCUGAGAGGUAAAAACAUAAUCGAUCUUCUCACGACGAAAAAACAAAGGAUAUUUAAUAUUAAAGAACGUGAUGUCUUCAAGAAUAUAACUAUGGUGAAUGUGGAGAACGAAGAGGAAGCUUUGAGAAAAGUACUUGAAGGAGAAAUCAGGAGAUCGAUUACGAAAAGUGCAAUGUAUCCGGUAUCACAUUUGGGUGCUGCUGUGAUCACAAUUCAUGUUUCAAACGCGAGCUUGAUAAAAUCGCAAGCCAUCAUAGCGACGGCAAAAAUACAUAUCGUAGAAAUGGCUGGAAUUGGCACGGUUGGAAAGUCGGAUUGUUGGAAAACAGCAGCCGACUUGGGUAUGGCGAAUUUAAUGAAAACACAGCUGGAACAAUAUUUCCUUUAUCUUAGAGAACCAAAUGUAUGCAAAAUGUAUAGCAUUGUUCGCUCAAAUAAUUUGCUGAAAUUAUUGAGAGACGCCCUCACCGUCACAUCUGUCAUUCGGUACACAUAAUGAAUGCAAAUCUGAAAUUGAAAUAGCGCAAGUUAUUUUUCUCUUACUAAUUUAAAUUAAAUUCAGCACUUUUCUACAUAACUUUUCAAAUAUAAAGACAAGUUAAGUAUUAAAUAAAAUUAUAUAUACAUAGUGAACAUAAAUAAUAAAUGAAAAUUAUUUUUAAUUUACAAUUUAAAUUUCAAUGUUUUCAAUUAAGUUUUUAAUUUGACUAUCGAAUGUUAACAUAUUUUUAUGAUGUUCCGCUUGAUUA